GAGCAGUGGGCUUCGACUCGGAGCCGCGAUGGAGCGCAUUCCAAAGCUCGUGGCCGAUGUGGUCGCUCGGUGCAAGUACGAAGGCGUGGCCGUGUCGGAUACGUUGGCAGCGUUCAUUUGUCGCACGGUCGUUCAAGACGAUGCAAACCGGUUUUGUUUGGAUGGCGACGUCGACGCCGACGGGCUCGCGGCGCUAACGCACGCAAGUGUGACCCGUCUCCUACAAAAGGACAGUCCGUCGUUGGAAACGAUCAAGAUGCAGUUGGACUUUGACUUGUGCUAUGUCAAACAUGAGGAGGAAGUCGAGAAAGGUCGGGCGGCAAAGCAAAAGAAGAUCGCGGCGCUCCAUCGGUCCAUCGUGUUGUUGCAGCCCAACGGAACGGGCGACUUUGACACCCUCACGACGUUGUAUCGACAGAUUUUUACCCUCCUCAUGGUGCAUGCUGACGCGGACAAGACGGGCGAUCGCAACGUCGAGCGCGAGGUCGCGGCCGCGUUGGAGAGCGUGUUUCCGCGCAUUGGAUUGAAGUCGUUUGUGUCCAUGUCUGCCGACGACAAAAAGUUCCAACUCAAGGAACUCGCGAGCAUCGUGGGCGGCAUCCGCUUGUUCAACAAGGAAAUUGGCAAGGGCGGCGCGGGCAUUGGGUUGACGCUGGAUACCAUUCGAAACAACGUGACAAACGUGUCCAAGCUCGCGGCCGAGGAAGUCGAAGAAGCCAACGUUGCCGCGACCGAGUACACGGAGGUGCUGCUGCACCUCCACCAUUACAACGCCAAGGACAGCGUGACGGCCGAGCGACUUGAACGAUGGCAAGAAGAGCUCAACAACAAGCGCCAGUUCCUGUCGUACUUGCAAAGCUUGUACGAAGACAUUGACGUGUGCGUCGACAAGAUCAGCCGCAUCAUGGCCACGUACGACAACGAACUCAACACACUCAAAGCGCUCGUCGGCGCCCGCACGUCGCUGCCCAAAGGACAAGUGUACCCAGUGUUUGAAGCCCUGUCGAAGGCGUGGGAAGACUUGGACGCGGAGCACCAGCUCCUUCUCGCUCGCUCGCGCUCGGUCAAGGCGCUGAUGCAAUUCAAGGACUCGUUCACGCGAACGCUCUCGCCGCAGUCCGAGUGGAUUCUAAAGGCAAAAAAGGCCGGCAUGCCGUCGCAAGACCACUGGUUCGACCAAGCGACCGAGCUCGACAACCAACCAAAGUUUGCGCCGCCGUCAUCGUCGUUGGCGUCCGGUGGCGCCAAACAUGCCAGUGGGGAUGAAGGCGGCGCUACGGGUGCCAACGACGACGUUCCCGUCCGCAUGUCGGUCGACUCGACGCCCGAGUUUAUGCAGUUGCCGCUAGAGUACCAGGGGUACUGCCCAUGGACCCUCGUUCGUCGCGGCGGCUUGCUGCUUCCGGGAGACCCGUCGCUGGGGGUGAUUCAAUUUCGCAACGCCUACCACGUGUUUGUCAACGAACGGGCGCUGGAAGAGUUUAUGGUGGAUCCGGCGCAAUUUGUCGGGAUCGUGCACGACAUGGUCGUGCGCAAGCCAGAGCUCAUCUACCUCUUGCGGCUUCAGGAAACCUUCCCGGACACGUCGAUGGCGUCGUUGCUGCGCCUGACAAACAACCGCACGCACGUGCAUCCGUUGUUGGCGCCGCACGCCGUCCAAAAGGUCGACGCUGGCACGUCGACACCGACCCACUUUGUCGAGAAAAACAUGGACGUCAACUACGAGUGGAACGAGUGGAGCUUACGUCGGCGCGCCGUCAAAAUCGCCAAUCUCCGAAAUUACAAAACUGUGUCGGCGCAGACCACCCUGAGUACGUUUCGCAAAGACGCCGACCAGCAAGUGUGGCUCCCCACGGACGGGACGACCCAAACUGGCCACGACAGAGGCACGAACCCAACGAGAACAAUCACGUAUUUUGCAGGACUACGUGGCAUGCCGACGGACAAGACCAUGCCUGCCUACCUCGCCGACGACGCAUCGAAACACGAUGAUGGCGGCAAAGACGACGACGACGACGUCGUUCGUCCGGCCAUCGUGUCGUACGCAUUUGACCUCUGAACGCGACAGUGCAUGUGUUGAAAUAAUGAAGCCGCCACGUAUGGCACGUUGACGCAGACAACGUGGUGAGCCAGUGCGCUGGGAUCGAUUCGAUGAGGCGCCGCCGCCUUCUCUCGACGACCAUUCCACACCCUUUCCCACAUUCCGUC